AUGGUGCAGGAUGUGUUAGCGAAUAUUUCCCCUUGUUUUCUCUCAGACUGGGGUCCCUGGAGCGCAUGCUCUGUAACAUGUGGCAUCGGAGUGAGAUAUCGCACGACCGAGUGUGAUUCUGGUAAUCCUCUACCGGGAGAAAAGCAAACUAAAGUAGAAGAAAGUUGUACAGUUAAGCCUUCUUGCCCGCAAGGCACCACAAGUGGGUCCCUUCUUUUGUCAGGAUACUUCAAUGCUGCUAUGCAAGGCCAUAUGAUCAAGUCUGCAGUUGUGUAUAGCAUAGCAGAAUGUGGAUUGAUGUGUUUACAAGACUCAAACUGCAAGUCCUUUAACACUUGUUCUGGGAAAAGUGAACUCCUCUGUGAGUUAAAUAACGCUACUUAUGAUGAAUAUGGAGAAGAUGUUCUUUCAAAAUUUAAUUGUUCAUAUCACAGUGUUUUAAAAUGA